AAUAGGAACGCCAUAAUACAAAUUGUCAUUUUACGCUUAUUAUAUUUAUUGUAGUUUGAUGAUUUAAGAUUCUACAAUCAAUUUUUUCAAAUGGCCGACCGAUCACCGCCGGAAGAAGGAAACAUUUCCUUAAUAGAUAACACUUUAGUGGUUGAUAUUUCUGAUGCACUAAGUGAAAAAGAUAAGGUUAAGUUUACUGUCCACACUAGAACAACAUUAAAAAAUUUUCAAAAAUCAGAUUUUCUGGUUGUUCGCCAGCAUGAAGAAUUUAUUUGGUUACAUGACAGAUAUGAGGAGGAUCUUAAAUAUGCAGGGUACAUUAUUCCGCCACCACCACCCCGUCCAAAUUUUGACGCCUCUCGUGAAAAGCUGCAAAGAUUGGGAGAGGGCGAAGGAACCAUGACAAAAGAAGAGUUUACAAAAAUGAAACAAGAAUUAGAAGCCGAGUAUCUCGCCACAUUUAAGAAAACCGUUGCAAUGCACGAGGUGUUCCUCACCCGUCUGGCCAGCCACUUGAUCUUCCGCGAGGACCCGCAUCUGCACGUGUUCCUCGAAUACGACCAGGACCUGUGCGCUCGACCUAAGGGCAAGCUGCAGCAGCUUGGCGGUCUGGUGAAGUCCUUCGGCACAACCACCGACCAAUACUAUUUGAACGCGACCGUGCGCGACGUCAACGACUUUUUCGAGCAACAAAUGAACUCUCUGACCGAGUACCACGGCCAGCUCAAGGACGCCACUUUAAAAACUGACAAGAUGACAGAAAAACACAAAGAAUUAGCUGACAGUUUUAUUAAAAUCUCAGGAGGGUUGGUAACACUUGCUACAACUGACAACACGCCACUAGAUAAGUUCCUUUCGAAAGUAGCGGAUAUUUUUGAAAAGGCGCGGAAAAUUGAAAGUAGGGUGGCGAGCGACCAAGACUUGAAGUUAGCCGACACAUUAAGGUACUACAUGAGAGAUAGUCACGCUGCGAGGGCGCUGCUGGUACGGCGUUUAAAAUGCUUGGCGACAUACGAGAAUGCGAAUCGAACGCUCGAAAAAGCCCGGCACAAGAAUAAAGACAUACAUGCGGCCGAAACAGCUCAAUCAACUGCUUGUGAACAAUUUGAAUCCAUAUCUGCUCAAGCUAAAGAAGAACUUUUGGAUUUUAAAACUAGAAGAUUACAUGCCUUUAGAAAAAGUUUAAUAGAAUUAGCAGAAUUGGAAAUAAAACAUGCUAGAACCCAACAAGAUCUGUUAAAAAAGUCCAUUCAAGGUUUAAAAGAAUUGCUUUAAUUUCAGUGAUUUAUUUUUUUAAUGCUUAUUUUUGUAUUAUACAUUCCUAUUUUAUCACAUUUUGUAAUCAAGGAAUGUAAAAGUUAUUUUCUCAAAAAAGUGUAUAGUUAUUAUAUAAAAAUAUAUUAUAUUUGAGAUAUUAUGUAUCGUAUAUCUAUG